AUGGUUUAUCCUCCCGAAGGUUUAUUCUACAUCGAAAUGGAUCAAGCACCGCCAGCUCUCCCUCCCAGAUCAACAAAGCCAGCGUCUUCCACCAUGAACAACAACUGCCUUUCCCCUCCUGUGUACUCGCUGCAGGACGCUGAAUGGUACUGGGGAGACAUAACAAGGGACGAGGUGAACGAGAAGCUCAGAGACACGCCUGACGGCUCCUUUCUGGUGCGCGACGCAUCCACAAAGUUGCAAGGAGACUUUACACUGACGUUAAGAAAAGACGGGCACAACAAAUUGAUCAAGAUUUACCACCGCGACGGGAAAUACGGCUUCUCGGACCCUCUCACCUUCACUUCAGUAGUUGAGCUCAUUUGGCACUAUCAGCACCAUCCGCUGGUGGAAUAUAACGCCACUCUGGACCUGAUGCUCACACAUCCCGUGUCCCGCUUCCAGCAGGUAAGAGAAAACAGUGUCGACGUUGCUGGUAGAAAACUGAAGGAAGUCCAUUGUCAGUAUCAAGAGAAAUCCAAGGAGUUUGACCGACUUUAUGAAGCUUUCACGAAGACUUCACAGGAGAUUCAGAUGAAGAGAACGGCAAUAGAGGCUUUCAAUGAGACGAUGCUCAUCUUCGAGGAGCAGUGCCGCGAGCAGGAGCGUUACGGGGAAGAAUUUGAGAGGAACAGUCUUUUGGAAGGAGUGGACAAAGAUCUUGAGAGCUUUCUGGUGAAUUACGAGAAGCUUAAGUGUCGUCUCGGGGAGAUCUAUGACAGCAAAAUCCACUUGGAGGAGGACUUGAGGACACAGGUGGAGGACUACAGAGAAACAGACAGAAAGAUAAACAGCCUGCGGCCGGACCUCAUCCAGCUACGCAACAUCAGAGACCAGUACCUUAACUGGCUUAAUCACAAAGGCGUACGACAGAAACGCAUAAACGACUGGCUCGGGAUACACAGCGACAGCCUUGACGACACGUAUGUAUUGAAAGGAGAUGAGAAGAAUUUGCCGCAUCAGGACGAGGCCAGCUGGUUUGUGGGUGAGCUGAGUCGGACGCAGGCCGAGGAGAUGCUUCAGGGCAAGGCUCAAGGAACAUUCCUGAUUCGGGAAAGCAGCAAACAGGGAUGUUACGCCUGCUCUGUUGUGGUGAACGAAGAGGUCAAGCAUUGCAUGAUUUACAGCACACCGCACGGAUAUGGUUUUGCCGAGCCUUACGACAUCCACUGCUCUCUCAAAGACCUUGUCCUGCACUAUCGUCUACACUCGCUAGCGCAACACAACGAUGCGCUGGACGUUCGGCUGUCGCAUCCCGUGCACGCCAAAGCCGCGACCUCGCCGUCUCAAAACACAGAGGAGCACAAACUGUUACAGACUCCCAAACACACAUCGGGGCUCCCGCCUGCCGCUCCGGAGAUGUAACCCGGUGGAGAGAGACGAGAAGGACAUGUUUACUGUAUCCUGCGAGAACGACUGCAUCGAGGUGCAUUGUGUCAUAUUUUGCACUACAGUGAUUCCAUCGUUUAUUGUUUUUCGUGAAUGGGAUUUCACAGAUUGAAGUGGGACCGGAACUUGAAUGUCAGCCUGAACUUUAGUUUUUAUUUUUGUUUUUCAAAGAGACUGUUUUAAGCUUUCAAACAAAUGUUUUGUACAUCGUUUAAAACCGUUGGUUUUAAUGGACACCUUUACAGUUAGGGACGUUGUCAACCUGAAAUUUGCUCACUGACAUCGGGUGCUGCACCUUCGUUUGAGUUCCAGCUCUUACAACUGCUAUGAGUCAAUGUUGCUUGAGAUGUCCAUUUUCCUGAGUGAAAACUUACUUAGUUCUGAAAAUUUGAUGGAUAUGUUGCUAUUACUUACUACAUUUGUAAGGGAUUUAAAAUAAAUGGUGCUGUAAACUGGCUGAUUCCAUGGUAUCGGUUUGGUGGACCAAACCAUUUUUGGGGGUAAAAUGCCACGUGUGAAUAUGUGAAAAGUCGUGGUGCAUCUUGACCAUUUGCCCCUUUCUUAUUAGACAUUCAUAUACAGUGGAUAAUUAUGUAGCAUUAACAUCCUGUAGAAUACCAUCUUUAAAGGCAUACUCAAUGUUAUACCCAUUGACCAAAGCACUUAAUAUUGAGCAAACUACAUCCCUGUUUAGUCCCGUAAUUGCAUUUGGGCAAAGGUAGGGCAAUUUAUGUACACCUGCUGAUGUGCUGAUCAAAACAUAAUCUGAAGUACUGUAUGUUAUAUUCUGUUACUCAAAGAAGUAUAAGCUUUUUGUAUUCUAUAUAUAUUUUUUCUAUAAACAUGCCACAAGAUGAAAGCUUGAAGAAAGUGCAAUCCAACAGUAUUUCUAUUGUUGCAAUGUAUGAUGGUGGUGGUGGUGAAGGUAAAUGCUGUGCUGAGAGGUUGACAUUUGCCACAAAAAUGCACUCUCCUUGGUGGUGUCGGUAUGAUGUGGCCUCCAAUGUUUGUGUGAACUGCCAGAGGUCCGGAAGUAUCCUGCCUCCAUUACUUGAACUGUGGCAUUGCUCAAGCUAUGAAUGUUUUUCCGUGACAUGCAGCCUACAUAGCUUCAGAGGGAAAGGAAUCCAUGUUGAACUUGGCACAUUUUUUUCAAGUUUGAGGACAAUAGAUACUCUGUACAGAGAAACCGUAAAAUGUAUUUCUGAGGUUGAUUUAUGGAGGGAGGUUGAUUAAGCUUCCUACAAAUAUGUAUAACUUCGCUGUGGGGAGAGGGAGGUUUAGGAAACUCCGCUGGUGAAACUAAGCAAUGUGAGAUCCUGACCUUUUUCUUGCUGAAAGACAAUAAACUGAUGAGGGUUUUGUCAACUUA